CCCCAGCAUCCAGCCCGCGACGCGCAGGGCUGCAGACAGCGUCAUGGCUGCUUCGAGACCGCCACGGUUGGAGGAGCUGCUGGCAGAGGCCCGGCGGGCCUUCCGGGAGGAGUUCGGGGCAGACCCCGAGUUGGCAGUGUCAGCGCCGGGUCGCGUCAACCUGAUCGGGGAGCACACGGACUACAAUCAGGGCCUGGUGUUGCCCAUGGCACUGGAGCUUGUGACCCUGCUGGUGGGCAGUCCCCGAACAGACAGACUUGUCUCUCUUCUCACCACCUCUAAGGAUGCUGAUGAGCCCCAGAGGCUCCAGUUUCCACUGCCCACAGCUCAGAGGUCACUGGAGCCUGGGAUCCCCCGCUGGGCUAACUAUGUCAAGGGGGUGAUUCAGCACUACCCAGCUUCCCCCCUCCCUGGCUUCAGUGCAGUGGUGGUCAGCUCAGUGCCCCUGGGGAGUGGGCUGUCCAGCUCCGCAUCGCUGGAAGUGGCCACAUACACCUUUCUCCAGCAGCUCUGCCCAGACUCGGGGGCAGUAGCUGCCCGGGCCCGUGUGUGUCAGCGGGCAGAGCACAGCUUCGCAGGGGUGCCCUGUGGUAUCAUGGACCAGCUCAUCGCUCUGCUGGGGCAGAAAGGCCACGCACUGCUCAUUGACUGCAGGUCUUUGGAGACAAGCCUGGUGCCACUGUCCGACCCCAAGCUGGCCGUGCUCAUCACUAACUCCAAUGUUCGCCACUCCCUGGGCUCCAGUGAGUACCCCCUACGAAGGCGCCAGUGUGAAGAGGUGGCCCGGGCGCUGGGCAAGGAGAGCCUUCGGGAGGUUCGGCUGGAGGAGCUCGAGGCGGGCAGAGAACUGGUGAGCAAGGAGGGCUUCCAGCGGGCACGGCAUGUGGUGGGUGAGAUCCAGCGCACAGCCCAGGCAGCAGCUGCCCUGAGCCGAGGGGACUACAGAACCUUUGGUCGCCUCAUGGUGGAGAGUCACCACUCACUCAGGGACGAUUACGAGGUGAGCUGCCCUGAGCUGGACCAACUGGUUGAAGCUGCGCUGUCUGUCCCUGGGGUUUAUGGCAGUCGCAUGACAGGUGGUGGCUUUGGUGGCUGCACAGUGACCCUGCUGGAGGCCUCUGCUGCUGCCUGUGCCAUGCAGCACAUGCAGGAGCAGUACAGUGGGACCGCCACAUUCUACCUCUCUCAGGCGGCAGAUGGAGCCAAGGUGCUGUACUUGUGAUGCCCUCGGGACGGCUCAGCUGGUGCAGCAGGGUAUUCUGCUCUGCCUCUGGGUGCUCAAUAAACUUGUGCCUCUGACCUGGAACCUGCCUUUCUCUAGAGGUGGGUGUGUGCUCAGGGGCAGAGAA